AUGGAACAAAAGGGGUCACAUUCCUGCAGAGCUGACCAAGUAAACGUGGCGAAUCCUGAACAACUAUUUUUACAAGACUCUACUCCUACAUCUUCGUUACCUCCCACUGCUGACGGCGGAUUAUUAACCUUUGAUCAAAGCAAGUGCCAAUUGCUAUGGGCACCAGAAGAUUAUCAAGGGUACUUAGAUAGACGCCGACUAAACGGUGGUUCAUUAACAUCGUCAAAGUCCUAUGACGUAAAA